AUGCUUUCAGGUGUUUCAUGUGAUGGAUGCCUCAGCGGAAAUUUCUCCGGAAACAGAUAUAAAUGCCUGCGGUGUUACGACUUUGAUUUAUGUCAAGCAUGCUAUCUCAGUAACCGAUUUCGUCCGGAAGGGAAUGAUACCACACUCACCCAUUCUGAAGAUCAUCCUGUAAAUAUUAGUUCGGUGGAUCGGUUUGUUGUUGCAGAUGCCGUGUACGAAGGCGACAAUUCAAAAAAUUACGAUGCUUGCCGUAUCGCUUCUUUUACAUGUCCCUAUUGUGGUUCAAACGGCUUUAGUCUACGCAGUUUUGCAAGUCAUAUCCUCAGUAUCCACGCAGAACCUCCCGUACCCCGCAUAAAUGUGAUUUGUCCCAUGUGUAUUGCGUGCCCAGAGUUCGACGCUAAUCGUGAAAUUGACAAUUUGAAAACUCACUGGACUGCUUUUCAUGCGUGGGUUUUUAUAUACAUGCUUUUCUGUUUUUUUUUUGUAUCCACCAGUAUGGAAUGA